CGCCGAACAAGAACUCUGGGAGCAACACAACAAAGCUAACUGCCAGGUUACCUGGCAAUUAGCAGGAGCGCUGACAGUCAUUUUUACACAGAAAUAUGACUCAUUGAAUGUAUAUUAAAAGGCAGUUAAUAAAGCGUCAAGCUUAGAUAACUUAUCGGAUAUAGAUGCUGAAGGGAACCUCUCAGGAUGUAUGCCGUGUACAGACAGGCCCACACCCCCACCGCUGUGGAGUUUUCCGUCUACUGCAACUUUAUAUCCAGUAAGGAGAAAAACCUGGUCAUCGCCGGAACGUCGCAGCUUUUCGUCUACAGGAUCAUCCAUGAUGUGGAGAGCACGUCCAAGACUGACAAGCCAUCCGAUGCUAAAACUCGUAAGGAGAAGCUGGAGCAGGUGGCAUCCUUUUCCCUCUUCGGCAACAUCAUGUCCAUGGCCAGCGUGCAGCUAAUAGGUGCCAACAAAGAUGCGCUCCUUCUCAGUUUUAAAGAUGCAAAGCUGGCUGUAGUGGAGUACGACCCCGGGACUCAUGACCUCAAAACUCUCUCACUGCAUUUCUUUGAGGAGCCAGAACUGAGAGACGGCUUUGUGCAGAACGUCCACAUCCCGAUUGUCCGCGUCGACCCAGAGAACCGCUGCGCCGUCAUGCUCGUCUACGGCACCAAGCUGGUGGUGCUACCGUUCCGGAAGGACACGCUCACCGACGAGCAGGAGAACGGAGUAGGAGAAGGACCCAAAUCCAGCUUCCUGCCCAGUUACAUCAUCGACGUUCGCGAGCUAGACGAGAAGCUGCUCAACAUUGUCGACAUGAAGUUCCUUCACGGUUACUACGAGCCGACGCUGCUCAUUCUGUAUGAGCCCAACCAGACGUGGCCGGGGCGCGUGGCUGUUCGUCAGGACACGUGCAGCAUUGUGGCCAUCUCCCUCAACAUCAUGCAGAAGGUCCAUCCUGUCAUCUGGUCUCUUAGCAACCUGCCCUUUGACUGCACACAAGUCAUGGCUGUUCCCAAACCCAUCGGUGGUGUGGUUGUGUUUGCUGUGAAUUCACUGCUGUAUCUGAACCAGAGCGUCCCACCUUACGGAGUCUCACUGAAUUCUCUCACCAAUGGGACCACAUCCUUCCCUCUACGUGUCCAAGAAGAAGUAAAGAUCGCCCUGGACUGUUCUCAGUCUGACUUUAUCGCCUAUGACAAGAUGGUGAUCUCACUGAGAGGAGGGGAAAUCUACGUGUUGACGCUCAUAACGGACGGCAUGCGAAGCGUGAGGGCUUUCCACUUUGACAAAGCAGCAGCCAGCGUCCUCACGACAUGCAUGGUUACCAUGGAGCCCGGCUACCUCUUUCUCGGCUCCCGCCUCGGAAACUCGCUGCUGCUGAAGUACACGGAGAAGCUGCAGGAGACGCCGGCGGAGGACGGCAAAGACAAGCAGGACAAAGAGAUGGAGAAAGAGGCAGAAAAGCAGGAGGAACCACCAAUCAAAAAGAAGCGUGUGGAGUCUUCCGCCAACUGGACAGAUGAAGUGGAUGAGAUCGAGGUGUACGGAAGUGAGGCCCAGUCAGGCACCCAGCUGGCCACCUACUCGUUUGAGGUGUGUGAUAGCAUCCUCAACAUCGGGCCUUGUGCGAAUGCCUCCAUGGGCGAGCCUGCCUUCCUGUCGGAGGAGUUUCAGAGUAACCCUGAACCUGACCUGGAGGUCGUCGUGUGCUCCGGUUACGGUAAAAACGGCGCGCUGUCCGUCCUCCAGAGGAGCAUUCGACCUCAGGUGGUCACUACUUUUGAGCUGCCAGGCUGUCAAGACAUGUGGACUGUUGUCUCAAGUGAGGUCAAGGAAGACAAGAAAACCUCAAAAAGCGAUGAGUCAGAGGACGGAGGAAAGGCCGAAGGAAAAGAGGAGGGUGAAGAGGUCGAGAAGGACAAAGAGGAGCCGGAGAAAGAGGAGGAGAAGACGGAGCCUCCCAUGGAGGACGAUGCCAAAAAACACGGCUUCCUCAUCCUGAGUAGAGAGGAUUCCACCAUGAUCCUUCAAACGGGUCAAGAAAUCAUGGAGCUGGACACCAGCGGGUUUGCCACUCAAGGCCCGACGGUGUUUGCUGGAAACAUCGGCGACGACCAGUACAUCAUCCAGGUCUCACCCAUGGGCCUUCGGCUUCUGGAAGGAGUGAAACAGCUCCACUUCAUCCCAGUGGACCUGGGCUCCCCCAUCGUGCAUUGCUCCGUGGCGGACCCCUACGUGGUCAUCAUGACGGCCGAGGGCGUGGUCACCAUGUUUGUGCUGAAGAGCGACACCUACAUGGGGAAAACCCACCGACUGGCCCUGCAGAAACCUCAGAUUUCCACCCAAUCCCGCGUGAUCGCACUGUGCGCGUACCGAGAUGUCAGCGGCAUGUUCACCACAGAAAACAAAACGAGCUCCUCCACCAAAGAAGACUUCAUCACCAGGAGUCAUUCAGAGACAGAGACGGUUUACCAGGACCUCAGCAACACUGUGGAUGAUGAGGAGGAAAUGCUGUACGGAGAGUCCGGCACCAACGCUGCACCUGCUAAAGAGGAAAUGAGCCGCGGCUCCGGCGGAUCCGCACCUGGUACUAGUGAUGGAACCCCAAGCAAAACAGAGCCAUCCCACUGGUCUGUGAUCAUCAGGGACAACGGCGUGAUGGAGAUUUUCCAGCUACCAGACUGGCGUUUGGUCUUCUUGGUAAAGAACUUCCCAGUAGGGCAGAGAGUACUGGUGGACAGUUCCUCCGGCCAAUCGGCUACUCAGGGAGACGGUAAAAAGGAGGAAGUGGCUCGACAGGGAGAGUUCCCACUGAUCAAAGAAGUCGCUUUGGUUUCACUGGGCAACAAUCGCAGCAGACCAUACUUGCUGGUCUACGUGGAGAACGAGCUUCUGAUUUAUGAGGCGUUCCCAUACGACCAGCAGCAACCACAAAACAACCUGAAAGUUCGCUUCAAAAAAGUUCACCACAACAUCAACUUCCGAGAAAAGAAAUCCAAGCUGAAGAAAGACAAGAAGACGGAGAGCGGCGGUACGGAGGAGAACCUGGCGGUGAAAAGUCGCAUUUCUAGGUUUAGAUACUUCGAGGACAUCUCCGGUUAUUCGGGGGUUUUCAUCUGCGGCCCGUCUCCCCACUGGAUGCUCGUCACCUCACGAGGAGCACUGAGGCUCCAUCCCAUGAGUAUCGACGGACCCAUCGAGUCCUUCUCUCCCUUCCACAACAUCAACUGUCCGAAAGGUUUCCUGUACUUCAACAAGCAGGGCGAGCUGAGGAUCAGCGUCCUCCCCACCUACCUCUCCUACGACGCCCCCUGGCCCGUCAGGAAGAUCCCCCUGAGGUGCACGGUGCAUUAUGUCUCCUACCACGUGGAAAGCAAGGUGUACGCUGUGUGCACAAGUGUGAAAGAGCUGUGCACUCGCAUCCCCAGAAUGACGGGAGAGGAGAAGGAGUUUGAAACCAUAGAGAGAGACGAGCGCCAUAUUAACCCUCAGCAGGAGAAGUUCUCCAUCCAGCUCAUCUCUCCUGUUAGCUGGGAGACCAUUCCCAACACAAGGAUCGACCUGGAGGAGUGGGAGCAUGUGACCUGCAUGAAGACGGUGGCCUUGAGGAGUCAGGAGACGGUGUCGGGACUGAAAGGCUACAUCGCAGCGGGAACCUGCGUGAUGCAGGGGGAGGAGGUCACCUGCAGGGGCAGGAUCCUGAUCCUGGAUGUGAUAGAGGUGGUCCCAGAGCCAGGCCAGCCCCUCACCAAGAACAAGUUUAAAAUGCUAUAUGAGAAGGAGCAGAAGGGACCGGUGACGGCCCUGUGCCACUGCCAUGGGUACCUGGUGUCAGCCAUUGGCCAAAAGAUCUUCCUGUGGGUCCUGAAGGACAACGACCUGACAGGCAUGGCCUUCAUCGACACGCAGCUCUACAUCCACCAGAUGAUCAGCAUCAAGAACUUCAUCCUGGCAGCGGAUCUGAUGAAGAGCAUCUCUCUGCUGCGCUACCAGGAGGAGAGCAAGACGCUGUCGCUCGUCAGCAGGGACGCGAAGCCUUUAGAAGUCUACAGCAUUGAAUUCAUGGUGGAUAACAACCAGCUUGGAUUCCUGGUGUCUGAUCGAGACAAGAACCUGUUCGUGUACAUGUAUUUGCCUGAAGCCAAAGAAAGCUUCGGAGGAAUGCGCCUGCUGAGGCGAGCCGACUUCAACGCCGGCGCGCACGUCAACACGUUGUGGCGGAUGCCGUGUCGCGGAUCGCUGGACCCCGGCAGCAAGAAGGCCCUCACCUGGGACAACAAGCAGAUCUCGUGGUUCGCGACGCUGGACGGAGGGAUCGGCCUGCUGCUCCCCAUGCCGGAGAAGACAUACCGCCGCCUGCUGAUGUUGCAGAACGCCCUCAAUACUUUGCUGCCUCAUCAUGCCGGUCUCAACCCAAAAGCCUUCAGAAUGAUGCACUGCGACAGACGGAGUCUUCAGAACGCCGUGCGGAACGUCCUGGACGGAGAGCUCCUCAGCAAGUACGUGUACCUCAGCACCAUGGAGCGCAGCGAGCUGGCCAAGAAGAUCGGCACCACGCAGGACAUCAUCAUGGACGAUCUUCUGGAAAUCGACCGAGUAACCGCUCAUUUCUGAGCGUUCUCACAUUCCCGUCGGUUCCUAAAUGCUUGCCGUGUCCUCGGUGCGGACGCCAUCUUUUGUGUUUUUUUUUUUGUUAUUCAGAAGUCCAUCUUGUUUUCUUAGAAUAUUUUGUAUUAAAAAAAAGGAGAAGA